CAGAGAAUCGCCCACCUCCCUCCUCGGACAGUGGGGAGUCCUCACCCUAUUUGGAAAUCUUCAUCUCCUGCAGGGAGACGAACAGAUCCCGCAGCAAGAGGAGCCAAGACUCCCGGAGGAACAGCAGAGAGUGGGAGAGAGAGUAAGGCCAGUUGACAGUCCUGAGGCUUGUCAGCAACAUGGCCCAGUCUAAGGUGAAUCAGGUAAAGGGGAGCGAUGCAGAGAACAAAUUCUUCCGCUCUGUGUCCAUGGCAGAUCGAUCAGGGCGAUUACUGGAGACACUGGAUACCUUAGAGUUGAGGGUGGAAGCUUUGCGGGAAGCAGCGGCUUCAAUGGAGCAAGAGAAGGAAACCCUCCUGGAACUGAUCCAAAGUGUGCAGAACAGCCAGGACAUGAAGCAUAUUAGUGAAGGGGAACGGGAAGAACUCAAUGUAACAGCCGAUCGCCUCAUUGGCCGAACCCUAACAGUGAUGGUUUCUGUGGAGACAAUCCGGAGUCUUCAGCAGGAGGAGGCCCUCAGCAAGGCCACUGCAUUGAUUGAUGAGGUGGUCAGCAAGGUCCUAGAGGAUUUGAGAAGCAACAAGAAACGCUUGGUGGCUCUCUACAAUGCCUGCUCCUCUGACACGCCUCCGGGCCCAGUCGACCAGAAGUUCCAAUCUAUUAUCAUAGGCUGCGCCUUAGAAGAUCAGAAGAAAAUCAAAAGCAGACUGGAAAAGCUGAUUAGAAAUGUCUCCAAUGCUAACAGAUCAAUCACCCUGUUAGACCAGCAGAAAGCAGAGCCUGACAACUACAAUCAUGUAUACUGAAGCACUCCACACCUGUGCUAUACUUCGUCACAUUGACACCAUCUUGCCAGUGAGUUAGAGGUCGGAGACUCGUAGCAUAACUCAUGGCAGUUGGCCAGUUUUACAGCAAAAGAGGUCUAUUAACUCAGCAAACCAUCUAUUUAAACAGCAAGCUGCAGAAAACAGUCACAGAGUCUGUUUAAAGGAGUCACCGCUCUUUGCACCAAAUCAUGCUUAUGAUUGAAAAUAUAGGAAACAGAACUCAUGGCCUUAUAACAGAAUCUUCUGAUAAAAAUUCCCAUAAAUAAUUCAGUGAAUGGAGAUAGCCACAUAAAACAAAUUACAUGCAUAAACCAAUCACAGUCACCAUCAGUUCUGUCUCCAGGUGUGCUUGUCAGAAGCUAUUAACCAGUCAUCUCAAUCUAACUGGAAAUUGUAGUGUCACUAUAUGCCACCCAAGAUAUAUUAACUAUAAUCACACAGAUACAUCUAGGAAUAACAUGUCCAUCAAAGGAAUCCCAAGGAUGAAUGUGAGAUGAUUUAAGAGCCUAUAAAUACUGCUGGAGACAAUAUUCAAAGUGAAUUGAAAUCAUAGCUGGUAAUCUUUCCCAAUAACCAGUAAAAUACACUUCCAAGAUCAAUUUCCAGUUGGAGACACUACUGUCCAUUGUAGCUUUGGUCUUAUUGUGAUUUUAUGGUUUGUGGGCACUUUUAUUCUUCAAAUAUAGAUAUUCCUGAUGAGGAUUG